CUUCCCCUUCUCCCGCCCUAAAAUGCUGUUUCCCUGCCUUUUUCCCCGAGGCAUGUCGGUGUUGAAGGAUGGGGUAGCCUAAUGAGGGAGUGUGUUCAUAAAAAGCAGCCUGCAUUUAUAGUAGUGAGUAAUGAGCCAAACCAGAGAGCCCACAAUGGGCUAAGAGAACUACAGCACAACAGAAAAUUCCACAUCUUGAGCAGGGGGAAAUCUCAGAAUCCUGUACUUCGCCUCUGUGUGUGUGUGUGAGUGUGUGUGUGUGUGUGAGUGUCUGUGUGUGUGCAGUCACUGUCUAAUAAUAUGACCAUUUUGCCAUCUCCCUGCAAAUAAGACUGAAGCUGCCGCCUGAUUGGUAUAACAUCUCACUUUCCCUCAGCAUUGAUUUUCUGGCUCUCCUUAUCUGCUUCAUAAAAAUAAGCAAGAGGGACAAGACGCUGCUGAGGCUGGAGCCUGCGAAGCCCAGGAGCCUUCCUUUUUAGCAUGAGACAGCCUCUGCUUGCUUUCCGGAGAGGGAAGUUGGAUUCUCAAUUGUUUUGUAAAUGUGUAUGGUGAUAUUUGCUCCGCUUUUUGCAAUCUUUGCAUUUGCAACAUGUGGUGGCUAUUCUGGCGCACUGAGGUUGAGCGUGGAUUGUGCCAACAAAACCGAUAGUGACUUCAGCAUCGACAUAGAUUUUGCCUAUCCUUUCAGGUUGCAUCAGGUGACUUUUGAGGUGCCCACCUGUGAAGGGAAACGGCGUGAGAAGCUUGCUUUGAUAGGUGACUUCUCAUCUUCAGCCGAAUUCUUUGUCACCAUUGCCGUGUUCGCCUUCCUCUAUUCACUGGCCGCCACCGUCGUUUACAUUUUCUUCCAGAACAAGUACCGUGAAAAUAACAGAGGCCCACUCGUUGAUUUCAUCGUCACAGUCGUCUUCUCAUUUCUGUGGCUGGUUGGUUCAUCCGCUUGGGCAAAAGGACUUUCUGACGUCAAGGUAGCAACAGAUCCAAAGGAAGUCUUGUUACUGGUGUCAGCUUGUAAACAACAGUCCAACAAGUGUGCGGCUGUCCACAGCCCCGUGAUGUCGAGUUUGAAUACUUCUGUGGUGUUCGGUUUCUUGAAUUUUGUUCUCUGGGCAGGAAACAUCUGGUUUGUUUUUAAGGAGACUGGAUGGCAUUCUUCAGGCCAGAGGCACCUCUCCGAGUCAAUGGAGAAGCAAUCCAGCAGCUACAGCCAUGGUGGAUACAACCGAGACAGCUACGGGCCAAGUGGUGGGUAUAACCAACAGGCAAAUCUGGGGCAAUCUGCUGAGGAAUUUGGCCAGCAGCCUAGUGGCCCAACUUCCUUUACCAAUCAGAUUUAACAUGGCAGAGUUUGAUUUCUUCUGGAGACCAUUCACCAUGAUAUAAUUCAAUGGCACAAGAUUUCCUUUUUUUUUUUUAAGAGCUGGAAUCAGAUAUUAAAAUAGAAAGUGUUUAAUGCAAAUCAGAGCUCUGAAGCUCUCAUUAAACAAGGAAGGCCCUAGGUUGUGAUAAAUGGUACUUUGAGACUGGUUGAAAUGAUCUAUUAUUUAACAUAGGUGGCUAAUUGGACAGUGUCUUCUUAUAUGUACAGUAAUUUUACAGUAGUUUUGUAUGUGUACCAAGGUAGUAGGAGUAUUUUGUAGCCUAAAGUCUUGAGUCUGUCAUAUUUGGAACAUAAAUCAAAUAGUACCAAGUUUUCUUAUCCAUUUCAAUGGGAAACAAAAUUUUAAUAUGAUUUCUAAGAGAUGACUUGGUGUGGACCACCACACGUGCAUGCUAUAUUACUAAGUUUACAACACUGCCAGUCUGUGAAUCUUUCUAAGUGUUUCUUUUAGAUAAUUGUUCCUUUUUCUUUGAUAAUAAAAUUUAGUGCAUGAAUUGGCAUUUUCUCCCAAACUAAAUGUUUGCACUGUGUUUAUGGAAACUUCCCAAUUAUACCCUGACUCUACUAAUUGUACGUGUAAGGAAAUGAAUUGCCUGUUAUGAAUAUUUGCAAAUUUGGCUCUCUGGUUCUAUUCAAGUCCUUAAAGCAUUGUAAUGAAGGUGUGUUUCCAAAUAAGGGGCAUUUGAGAGUAUGUACGGUGACUGGUCAAUGUGGAUGCCCCUUCUGUAAACUCUGUAUUUUUUGCCCAUUGUAACGUGCACUGGCUUUUUGUGAAUUUUUUCAUGUGAGUCAUGGAUUAUACAGACCAAGUAGCCUGUGAUUCCUGUAAUUCCAGAGGUAUUUCUGUUGCUAGGUUGAUGGAGGUGAAGAUUGUCAGUAACCCUAGUUAGGUAUAGGUUCUCCUGGGCCGGGCAUAAUGUCAGAAAUAUUCAUUACUCCCAGACAAGCUCCACUGGACAAGCUUGUUUCGUUAUCAUAACACAAUGGCUCUCCCUAGCUAGCUAACAAAAAUCCCCAAGUUUCAUUAGAGUUCUCCAAUGAGUAGGUCUUCUUUGGGCGCUAUCAAAAGAGUAAAGAUAUUGGGAGGAAUGUUUUUUAAGUGAACUCUUCUCCAAUGCCAAAAGAAUGACUCAGAAAAUGUUUUGCAUCAUUUAUGAUGAAGAACGUGGCAAUCUUCACCUCUGGGUUCCAUAUCAUUUGGAAGCCCAGAACAAAGCAGGAUCAGCAAAAGCAAGUAAUUAUAUUCCUAGAUAACAGUGUUACCAAUAUCUAUUAUGUGUGGUCUGUAAUGUUGGAAGCAUUUUAACCAUGUUGCAUCUUAUAUGAUAAUUGUAACCAGUUUCUGGCUACUUGGUGGAUGAAUCUAUAUUGUGAUAUCUAUUUGACCCUAAUAAAGUUAUUGCAUACAAA